AUGACGACCGAAGGCCGCUAUACUCCCAGCCCCGAACCGCCGCCGGCGCUGUUCGUGCGUGCUAUGUACGAUUAUGAUGCCGAUGACCACACCAGUCUCAGCUUCCGACGAGGUGAUAUCAUCCAGGUGUUGAACCAACUAGAAACUGGCUGGUGGGAUGGGGUUAUCAACAACAGUGUGAGGGGCUGGUUUCCCAGCAAUUAUUGUACUGUGAUCACCGAUAUUAGUGAGAUCGAGGAAGAGCAGGUUUCGCAUGGUCGCGACGAGGAGGAGGAGGAUGCAAUCGUGGACUCCGGCGCGGGCGAGGAUUACGAAGAGGAACAGGAGGCCGAUGAAGCCGAUUUUGGUGGAAACUCGCGCGAUUCGCAGCCGAUCUUGCCCAUUGAAGGCGCAACCGCGCCCAAGGAGCAGGAGGAGGCCGCUUUCUGGAUCCCGCAAGCCACUCCUGACGGCCGCUUGUUCUACUUCAACACACUCACCGGCUACAGCACGAUGGAGUUGCCGUUCGAAAACCCAACGGCCAACGAGACCGGCCCCUACGAUCGGAACACAGUCAUCGUGCCGGACCAGACCCGACCACCGCCGGAACUUAUGGCCCGUGGGUUCGAACGCGACGAGGACGACUACGAUGGUUCGGCGUCUGAAGCGGAGGGCGAGUCCCUGAUGUUGACCUCUCGCGACUCGAUGUCCCGGAGGCGCCAGUCAUACCUCGAUGGAGUGUCACCCGCGACAUCCAUGGAUUCUUUGCACCCACCGUCCGCUACGAAGUCGGUUAGUGACGACAAGCUCUCAUAUCAAGCGAUGCGCUGCGCGCAAAACUUCUACGGAGGCGCCCCGCCAAGUAGUAACAACUCCAUCUCGGAUAACAUCCAUCGGCCUUCGAUCUCCAUGGAAGUUCCCUCGCAUUUCGUUGAUGACGGUGCGUCGACUAUUCUGACUUGGCCUUUGCUUGUCGAGAACAUGCGGCAGGCCGUGGAAGCCUAUCGACAGACCCUGAUGAACGGCGACCGGUCGGAGUAUGUGCGGAAGGCAGAAGACAUUUCUGAUCAUCUACGCAUGUUGCUGGCGGCUGGCUCGGACACGACGGACAACCAUUCAGGCAACCCGUCAAUCAUCUCCACCAACAAAGCCCUCUAUCCCCAUUUCCGAGAUAUGAUGUCUAAAUUCUCCAAGUUGGUGCUCUCGUCGCAUAUUGCAGCAGCUGAUUGGCCAGGUCCGGACUCUGCCAACAAGUGCUUACAAGAGGCAGAUGGCGUGAUGCAGGGUGUCUAUGGGUUUGCUGAGGUCGCAAGGCAGCAGCGCGGCGACUCUAUCAAUCGCAUUGUCCCAGGGUUCGUUGGUGGAAGCCAUUCGGGCGGCUACUGGCAGAACAACGGUGUGCUACUCAGUGAACCUGGCCCGACUUCAUUUCUGGAUCAGGACGGUGGCGAUAUGCGAGCGGAGCCCUCUGUGCCUCUUGACGCAGCCCUGCUAGACAAGAUCGAUAUCCUCCGGAGAAAUUUUGUGGGCAGCAUCCGUCGCCUGGAAGAACGUCUGACGCUCAACCAGAAGAAGAUCGUCACCAUUGUCGAACACGAAAACAUCGGCAACCUGGUUUCAGCUGCUGCUAUCAAGGUUGUCGACCAAUAUCGCCCGUGGAUCUCGGCUGUCGAGUCGAUUAACUUGGCACCCCUCGGAACCGGGUUUCAGAACCCCCAACUUGUCGAUUUCAGUCUGCAAAAACAAAGAGUCUACGAUGCAAUCGCCGAUUUUGUUGUGAGCUGUCAAGCGGUUACCGCGCCCCUUGGAGAUGAGUGGGCUGAAUUACGCGGCGAUUCACUUGAAGAUAGGUUGAACGCGGUUCGCAGCGUCGCGAGACAGCUGGAGAACUUCGUAUCACAGAUUGGGUUCUCGCUAUCACUUCUUCUGGAGCAGGUUCCUGAGCCCACAACCGUUUUCCGCAGCGAGAGUCGCCUGGGUGGAGAGAUUGAAAAGUCCAAGGUUAUUCAUAGCCGCGCAGAGUCUCAAACUAGAAUUGCAACGGAAUCAAUCGGUAUUCCGUCCUCGUACUCGAUUGAGCACUCCACCGAGAAGGUGCGACGCAAUAUGGACAAGGCACAAAGAUUCUUUGGACAAGCGCCACCAGCUGCAAUUCCGCGGGAAUCCGUGCGAGAGCCGGUUCGCGAGCCGGAAGAAACCCCUUGGUUCUUGAAGAUGGAUCACGAAGGCGAGGUGUUCUUCGAUACCAAGAAUGACAUUCCCACUCUCAAGUGUGGCACUCUUGCCGGCUUAGUGGAGCAAUUGACGCGCCAUGACAAGCUUGAUGCUUCCUUCAACAACACUUUCCUCCUCACCUAUCGUUCUUUCACGACGGCGAAGGAGCUCUUUGAGUUGAUCACACAGAGAUUCAACAUCCAGCCUCCUUUUGGCUUGAAUCCAGACGAAAUGCAGAUGUGGGUCGACAGGAAGCAGAAGCCUAUUCGCUUCCGUGUAGUCAAUAUCUUGAAGAGUUGGUUCGAGAACUUCUGGAUGGAGCCGAAUGACGCGGCGCACACAGCUCUGCUUGAGCAUGUUCACUCGUUCACCAAAGACUCCAUUGCAACCACCAAGACACCGGGGUCACCGCAGCUCCUGGCAGUCAUUGAGCAACGACUCAAGGGUCAAGAUACUACCGUCAAGCGCUUGGUUCCCACGCAGGCUACCGCAGCUCCGACACCCAUCAUACCUAAGAAUAUGAAGAAGAUGAAGUUCCUGGAUAUCGAUCCGACCGAGUUUGCCCGACAGCUUACAAUCAUCGAAUCACGUCUCUAUUCUAAGAUUCGGCCUACGGAAUGUUUGAACAAGACAUGGCAGAAGAAGGUCGGACCGGAUGAAGCUGAACCAGCUGCAAACGUGAAGGCCCUCAUUCUUCAUUCCAAUCAAUUGACAAACUGGGUCGCGGAGAUGAUUCUCACUCACUCUGAUGUCAAGAAGCGAAUCGCGAGACUGGAGACCCUGAAGGCACAGCGUGCGCCAGCUUUGGCACUCAUUGACAAGCACCGGAGCCUCUUGGCGGAACGCGAGGCUCUGGCUAUUUCCAGUCAAGAUGCUUCUCGUCUCAUGGCGCGUGGCGCGAAGGGGGAAAGACGCGAUCCAGGCAAGCUGUUGAGAGAAGAGAAGAUGCGAAAGCGAAUCGCCAAAGAAUUGCCGAAGGUCGAGGUUGAUCUCCGGAAAGAGCUGGAGAAGUGGGAAGAAGAUUACGGCCGGCCGUUCCUCAUCCACGGAGAGAGAUAUCUGGACGAGCUCACCCCAGCCGUUGCCAAACCUCCUCCACGAUCCAAGACUCCCUCCGCUGCCCCGGCUAGUGCUACCAAGCGGAGCACUGGCCAGAUGCAGCCACCAUCGCGCCCUGCGAGCGUGAUGAGAGGGGCCCCACCCCCACGCUCCACAAGCAAGACCCCCACUGGAAACCGCCCUCCAACAAAGUACAACACCAUCGGCCCUUCGCGAGCGCCUUCCAGAGCGGGUACUAAGUCUCCCUCCAAGAUCCCAGCCCGAGUUCCACUUGGGAACAUGCCUCUUGGAAACAAUUCCCCCAACCGUCGCGCAGUUCCUGGGGCCUAUUCCUCGAGCACAAUCAACGGCAAAAUCCCAGCACCUCGGCCGCCUCCACCCAGAAUGCGGGCCUUGACUGGCGGUGAAUCGCGAGAGGAGCGCAUGUCCUAUCUCUUCGACCCUCCACGGAGCGCUAGCGCGUUGUCGAAUACCUUUGUCCGGCCGGUCAGCCCUGAAGACGUAUACGAUGACCGCAACCAGCGUUCUUUCGUCAGCUCGUCGGCGUUCUCUCAGCGGUCCACUGGAUUCUCUCGAUCAUCGCACUCAUCGGCCUCGUCGUUAUCCUCCUCCAUGCAAGGGUUCCCUAAACCCAAUCCCUAUCUGCAGCGCGCAGCCCCGCCCCCCGCUCCAGCCCCCCGACAAGUAUCUAGUACGUCGACCGUCAUUACGGCAACUACCGGAUCAGAGAAUUGGGAAACCUUUGACUCUGGUGAUGAGUCGGAAGCCGAUGCUAGCGAUGUCUAUUACGCUAAACUCCGUGCGGCUCACGGGAAACGCCUGCUGGCUCCCGAAGAAACUCCCAUUCUUUCGCUCGGAGGAAAGAAAGCUAAAGGCAUUCGAAGUGUCAGCCCUGACGAGCCUGCUGACAUCCAGCAUAGACAGAUGAUGCAUGCAGGUGGAAGCGACAAUGAGUGGACAGAUGAUAUGGAGCCAUACUGA